AAUGACAAAUGACAAACAUGAAAAAAGUGUUAUCGCCAGGUGGAAAACAAUUUUUUUUUAAGCUUUUCUUUUAACUGUGAUUGUAAAUAAAUAUUCAAUUUAAUUAAACCAACAUGCCUUUAAAAGUAUUAUUUUGAUUUGAAUGCAAUAAAUAUUUUGAUAUGAAUACAAGUGCGUGAGUGAUCAAAAAUAUUGUUGUGUUCUAGUAAGUCCUUUUUUCUAAUUGUAGGACAUUUCUAUUUUUCCAGAUAAAAAACCAUCACAAAAUGAUUGGCCAUAGGACGAGAAUUUCGUCUAGUAGUUGUGAUCAAAAUUUACAAGCUGUAUAUGCUAAGAAACACGGAAAAGAUGAUCUUUAUGCAUUCCAAGUAUACGCUUGUGACUUUUGCGAUGAAGCAUUCUGGAACAAGUAUACCUACCUAGUCCAUAAUGCAAGUCAUAUAAUUAUACCAUUAAUGAGGAAGUCAUACUUCAAAUGUAAAGAAUGUAACCGACAAUGCAGAACAGGAAGAAACUUAGAGAAACACAUGAAAAAAUAUCACAAAUACUCAAAAAAAUCUCUUAAAAAUGACACUAAAAUAGGUAUUUUAGAAAAUUGUAAUAAUUUAAUUUUAAAUGAUAAUGUUUUAAAUGAAAAUGAUGAUUUAAAUGAAUGCAAAAUACAUAAAAGUGAUGAUGUUGAUAUAACACCUGUGGCAAAUGGAAUUUUGCCAGAACCUGUACUUAGAAACGGGAGUGUUGGUGUUGAGAUAAUCGAAAUAGAGUCUGACGAUGAUAUUAUUAAGGUUAAAGAAGAGUUUGACGUUAAAGAAGAGUUUGACGUUAAAGAAGAGUUUGACGUUAAAGAAGAACUAAUAGAUGGUAAUGAAAGAAAUAGAAUUCAAAAUAGACUUAUUUUUGAAGACGACAAUGAAAUUGAAGGUAGUAAUGAUUUGGUUCAUGAUCUGACGGCUGAUGUUAAGGUCAGCAUGGACUUUGAGGAUUGGAUUAGUUCAAUUGUUAUUGACAAAAACGAUGAAGCCGCAAUUGAGAAACAGAGUGAGGAGGAAUGGAGGAAUAAAACUGUUGGUUACCAGGAUUUAAUCCAAAUGGAGGAUGUUGCUUGUAAAUAUUGUAAUAAAACAUUCCCUAAUAGGUUAUUAGCUAUACAACAUGAGACAUCACACAUAGCAUCAAAAAGGCGUCGCCCAUUCCUCUGCAAGAUUUGUGAUUGGUAUGUGGCCUGUGACCCCCAAAACCAGCGCAAGCAUUACUCAAGAUGUCACCCGGACGCGGACAUGACAUCACUUGCAAAAUUAAAUCAAAAGAAAUGCUCUGAAUGCAAUUUGAAUUACGUAUCAAAAUAUAAACAUAUGAAGAAUUAUCAUAAACUUCCCAUUGAGAAGGAAGACGCUGAUGAAACUGACCAGGGGAAUGUUUCCAAGCCCGUAUUUUCAAAGAAAAUAAUCAAAAUCUGUGAUUUGUGUUCGUCUUUCUUGAAAAAUUUGUCUAAUUGUCUGUAUUAUAGCACUGUUGGUGAGAAAUGUGAUGCCGGCGCGAGGCAGACUUGUGAACGAUGUUUUAAACAGUUUUUUAGCGUCAAGUUGGUGCAGAUAUCUUGUAGGAAUAAGAAGCACUUUGGUGAUAAGAAGCCGAAACCAAUGAUGAGCGUUAAUGAUAAAUUGAAGAAAUACAAGAAGAGAUUGAAAUUGAUGAAUAUAAUUCGGAAAUAUUUGUUUUUGUUUUAUUAA